AUGUCGGGAAAUAAGGACACUGACGGCGGUUGGAGGGGCUUUCUGUGGAAUUCCGAGAGGAAGGAGUUUCUAGGGAGGACCGGCGGCAGUUGGUUCAAAAUCUUUUUGUUCUACGUCAUCUUCUAUGGAUGCUUGGCGGCCAUCUUCGCGGGGACCAUUCAGGUGAUGUUGCUCACUUUGAGCAACUACAAACCCACCUACCAGGACCGGGUGGCACCCCCAGGUCUAUCACAUACGCCGCGUUCGGAAAAAUCGGAGAUAUCAUUCAACAUGACUGACGCCAACUCGUACCAGAAGUACGUGUCGAGCAUGAAAAAUUUCCUCACGCUGUACGACGACGACCGCCAAACCGACCUGAUGAAAUACGAAGACUGCGGAGACACAGCCGGACCUUACAUCGAACGCGACAGCAUGGAGAAGGACAAGAGCCAGCGCAAAGCUUGCAUGUACCGACGGUCCUGGCUGCAAAGCUGCUCGGGCCAGAGCGACGAAACCUUCGGUUUCCGGUCCGGAGAGCCUUGCAUUAUCAUCAAACUGAACCGGAUCGUCAACUUCAGGCCCAAGGCACCCGAGAGUAGCGAGGGAUUGCCUCCGCAAAUUCAGGCCAAAGUCUCACCCAACUCAGUGCCCAUUUUCUGUAAGAACAAGCGCGAGGAAGACGCCGACAAACUGGGCCCGAUCCAGUACUUUGGCUUCGACGGCACCUUCCCGCUGCAGUACUACCCGUACUACGGUCGGGCGCUGCACCCCAACUACCUUCAGCCCCUGGUGGCCAUCAAGUUCACCAACGUGACGCUGGGCCAGGAGGUGCGCAUCGAGUGCAAGGCGUACGGCGCCAACAUCCAAUACAGCAGCAAGGAUCGCUAUCAGGGACGAUUCGACAUCAAGUUCACCAUCACCUCGUGA